UCUGACACUUAGCUCUGUAUAUGGAGGCUCACACACGCUGUCCGGCGCAGGUUGACCUCAGUCAGUGAUUAAACUGGAUAAAACUCAGCGCUCUGUGGUUCAGUUAUAUCCUGUGGAUGUUUGCAAGGGCGCUGUCACGCCAUGUGUCAGCACUGUGGCUGUACACCCACCACCCAUGCAGGGUUGUGUAUAAAGCACAGCAUCUCUGCUCACAUUGGGAAAAUGGAAAAGAAGAGAAGGAGGAAGAAACAGAGACAGUCCAACAGCCACCAGCCGCAAAGAGGAACACCCUGGUAUACAACCCCUCUGCGUACUACAAAAGGAGUACACAGCGUUCUGCUCUUUCAGACAGUUCACAGAUGGAGGAGGAAGCCCCUUCUCAACCUGUUCCAAAGGCAUCGAUCAGGAGGAAUCCUGUCCGCUCCACACAGCACAUCAAGAAUCGAAGACUUGACUUGGCUUUCAGUAAGAAAGAAUUUCACCCAUUAGACACCCCAGCUGAUGUUAAAGGAGACCCACGAGCCUUUCAUAGAUGCAGGCCCGAGUACCGCAACAUAUCUCAUGAUCUAUCCCGGCGUCCGCCUGCAAUCCACUUCCAAGAUGCUUUAUUACUGCUUCAUAAAGUCAAUUCAGCUAAAGGAGACAUUGAACCCUCAGAUGUAGCUCAUUGCCUUAGUCAACUGGGCUGCCUUGCCCCCAAACAAGCUCAGGUAAUCCGAGGAGAUAAUGAGUUUAACAUGCUUUUAGGAUACAGUGCGGAAUGCCUGCCAAACUUCACCAACCUGCAACUGCUGGAGGUCCUGCAGGCAUUUGUGAGACUGGACUUGUCCUACUCCAACAAAAUUCUAGGUUUGUACGAGGCUGAGUUUGGGCAGCGGGCUGGUAAAAUGGACCUUCAUCAGUUGCUGCUCAUCGCUGACCUGUGGCGGUGUCUUGGCCGGUCCGUUCCGCAUUAUCUUGAGAGCCUGUAUGACUGUAUUUGCCAGCAUUUCAGUGAAAUGGGUCCUCCAGAGUUGGUUCAGUUCAUUUACAUACUGGGAGAAGGCAGAAAAUGUCCUGCUCAUCUUAUUCAGCCCCUUCAGUCCCAUCUCAUGCGUCAUUUACACAAGCUGGAGGCUGAAGAAGUAGCUGCUGUCUGCUUAGGGCUGUUCAAAUCUAAAGCUUCCCUUUCAGAGCAUGUGGUGCGUAGCAUCGUGGACCAUGCUUGUACCCUGGUUAAGGAAAUGAGUAACUUCGGCUUAGUUAAUGUUCUAAAACUCUUGCGUUUCAGCCACCUGGACCACCUGCCCUGGUUAGAAGCAAUGGGGUCUGUGGUACCACAGCGUGCACCACAGAUGAACGCCCCAGGCUUGAUGCAUGUUGUUUUGGCCUGCUCUGCUCUGCAUUACCGCGAUGACCGUAUUCUCCUGGCAGUGGCAGAACAUCUGCCUCCUUUGGCCUCCGACUGCAGAAGCAAAGAUGCUGCCAAGGCAUUGUGGGCCUUUGGAAAUCUGGCUAUCCUUCCCAAGCAGUGUCCAAGCUUAUACCCUUGCAUCACUGAUAUCCUACGCAAACGAAAGGCUGAAUUCCAGUUAUUUCCCGAGCAUCUCCUUACAGCUUUGUUAGGUUUGGCUUUUGUAGGUCAGUAUCCUAAUGAUCUACUAAGUUUAGCUUUAAGCCCCGAGUUCAUAAGCCUAGCCUCGAGCCGAGCCCACCUGCAACUGGGAAAGGACUUUUUCACUUUAGAUGGUACGGUAGGAAUUGAGUUGCCUGGCUGGACCGGGCCACGAUUGAGCCAGGCGUUUAGGGAAGAAGUAACAAAACAGCUAUGGGACUUUGCCAAAUUUGAUAUAUGUCAGAAGCCGGAAGUUAUAGAGGCCGAGGAGGUGCUACAGGGGCUGCUUGGAGGAGAAGCUUUUGUUCGCAAGGGAAUGAUCUUACCUCACAUGCGCUCUAUUGACCUUGAGGUGCACUUGGAUGCUAAUGAACAACCUUUACCUGUAAUAUCUGAGCCCACAGUUCAUUGCACAUCUACUCCAAAUAAGGAAUCAAACCCUUGGGAAGGACCCAUUGGAGUAAAUCUGACAGAUGACUUGCUGGCCCAGCUCACUAGUGCCAAAAAGAUCCCAGUGCAGACACCACAGCAGUUCAUCCAGCCUCCAGCCCUGAGGCCGGUUGAGCCACAGAGGGAGAGAGAAGUCCUCUUCGGUGUUGGAAUUGACUUAACUGAUUGCCUCCUUGAUGCUAUGACGAAACGUAGAAUUUCUUCUUCUCCUGCCCCCGACCAGGUCAAUUCCAAACAAUCUGUACUUCGCCUUGCGGUUCAGGUGACCAACAGGAAUCACUAUUGUUACAGGACACAACAGUUGCUUGGGCUCCAUGCAAUGAAGAGAAGACAGUUAGAACUGGCUGGUUAUAGAGUGGUGGAGCUGCCUUACUGGGAAUGGUUUCCGUUACUCCGGUGUUCGAAGGCUGAAAAACGUGCCUACCUGCAUUGCAAGAUUUUCAAUACUUAUGACUCAACACAAAGGUCAUGACCUCGUGUUUGCUGCUUAGUCAGCAGUCAAAAAGAGAUGAUGGAUGACUUCACAUGUAUCAGAGGAGGCAUGUCCUCGCACCCUCCCCAUGUCAAAAGCAUUCCAAAUGAUGUGAGGGAGUCCUAGAAAGCGGGUCGGUUCUUUGGCUUAGCUAAACUGCAGACAUAAUUUGGUAAAAUUAAUGGCUAAGUUGCCAGGUUUUAUGUCAUACAGUCUUGCAACACUCAUUAAAAUAGCAUCACCACAGUAAACAUGUAAAAAUGGUCAGAAAAAUAAUACACAAAUAAUUUACCAACAACCAAACAAUGCAUUGAUUUUGAAUAUCACAACUGAAGUCUAAAUUCAUUUCUUGUGUAAAAUAUUAAUUAAUGUUGUUUAAGAGAAUCUCUUGAAGAAUAUUGUGCUAAUAUUUAAAAUAACGUGUAAAACAUUGUUAUAAAAUGAUGAUAAACUUACUAUGAUAUCGGACAUUUUUGAUAUGCCUUUAUAGGCCACCAGAUGUUCUUCAAGAAAAAUGGCAACAUGUAAAGAUGUAAAUUAAAGGAUGCCCAUGAUAUUGUGUUAGCUUCUCUCAUUUCUUUUUAAAAUCAGUGUGUAAAAGUCUUUGCAGAUUGUUGUUUGACAAAUAUUAAUGAUGAUAUGGAUGUUAUACAAUCUCAUGCCAAAUGUCGUAGGACGAGAACUAGUAUAGUAUUUCAUAACUUUUGCCAUGUCCUAUGAAAGCCUAAAAAAUGCUUCACUGACCUUUGUGAAAUGCGUCUGGGGCCUUAUUCAAUAAAUAUGGAUGUGAUUAUUGCCA